UAGGUUUAAUACAUUACUGGUUGUAUCAUUAAGCAAAAUAAUAAUUUAUGUUUUUCAUUAGAAUGUUUUAAGUGUUUUUUUAUGACAUUUUGGUUUUAUUACUUCUGUUUUUUUACAAUGGCACAAACAACCGAGAAUUUUCCAGCAUUGAAAAAUGAUAAUUUGUUGAGAGCGGCAAGAGGUGAAGACGUGGAUCGUAUUCCAGUUUGGGUUAUGAGACAAGCUGGUCGCUACUUACCUGAAUUUCAGGCAGUACGUAAAUUACAUGACUUUUUCACAAUUUGUCGAACGCCAGAGCUGGCUUGUGAAGUGACCAUGCAGCCAAUACGUCGCUUUGAUCUCGAUGCAUCCAUUAUUUUUUCAGACAUUCUUGUGAUCCCACAAGCGUUGGGCAUGACAGUGGAAAUGAAACCGGGACCAUUCUUUCCCGAACCACUUGUUACACCGGACGAUCUAAGCAAACUAACUGCGGAUGGAGCUGUGAGUCGACUAAAGUACGUUGGCGAUGCAAUCACCAUGAUGCGUCACAAAUUAGAUGGAAAAGUGCCAUUGAUCGGAUUCACGGGUGCACCGUGGACGCUGAUGGGAUAUAUGAUUGAAGGUGGUGGCAGUCAAACAAUGUCCAUGGCCAAAAGUUGGCUUAACGAACACAAUGAAGCAAGUCAUAAACUACUGUCACUGCUGACCGAUGUUAUUGUCGACUAUUUUGAGAUGCAAGUGAAAGCCGGUGCUCAAAUGCUGCAAGUGUUCGAGUCAAGCGCUGACUACAUCAAUAAGGAACAAUUUGCGGAAGUAUCAUUGCCUUAUGUGCGCCAAAUUCGUGAUCAACUUCGAAAACGUUUGCAAGAACAAUCGAUUGAACCAGUUCCAAUGGUCUUGUACGCUAAAGGAGGCGGUCAUUCUCUGUCUGAACAAGCGCAAUGCGGAUAUGAAGUCAUUGGAUUAGAUUAUAAUGUGGAUCCACUCGAAGCCAGAAAAGCAGUCGGUUCAAAUGUGACGCUUCAGGGCAAUUUAAAUCCGGCUGACAUGUAUCUUCCAGAGGCUGAGCUAAGAGCCCUAACAGAUCAAAUGGUACGGAAGUUUGGGAAGAAACGUUAUAUCGCAAACUUGGGACAUGGAAUUACACCGCAAACUCCAAUAGAAAGUAUGAAUGUUCUAGUUGAAACAGUGCACACUGUAUCCAAAGAGCUAUAGAAUGUAAUGAUGCGUUGUUUGAGGAGUAAAAAUUGGUGGCGGUUCAUUUUGUUAUAUUUUUUAAGGAAAUCGUUGUAGAGCAAUGAAUAAAUCCGUUUUUUCACAACCAAAUAGUUAAACA